AUGGAAGACUUCCUCUACAGAAUCGAGGAAACUGAAGGUCUGCCUUCUGAUCAAGUUUGUGGCCGACAGGUUUGCUGCCAACAGGCUUGUGGCCAAUUAGUCAUCUGCAAUUCUGCACCCGCAAAAGACCCGCCGCGCCAACCCGAGAUCUUCGAUUCACACACAUUUUGGUCAGCAAAAGGGCCUAACAACCAAACCCAGAUCAGCUUCCCAGUAUUGCCCGCAGCGGGAAGUCCUUUGCGUUUUGCACUACUUCGCGAAUGGCUUCAAUGGUUUCUCUACGUCGGUGAUCCGGAUGAUCCAGAUUAUAACCCGGACGUCCUGAAGCUCGUUCCAAGUGAGGAAAUCGGCGGUGAGAAAUAUGUUGCUUUGUCCCAUUGUUGGGGUGACCCUAAGGACAAUGAGGUGCCGCUACAUUGCACAGCCCUGAAGAAUACUGGCGAGCCUAAGGACGAUAAGGUGCCGCCAUAUUGUACAACCCCGGAGAGUAUUAGCAAGCGUCAAGAAGGAUUCAAGAUCACUGAUCUGCCACUGACUUUUCGAGACGCCAUCGAGGUGGUUCGACGCCUUGACGUAAAGUAUCUUUGGAUUGACUCGCUCUGUAUUAUCCAAGGAAACGGGGGAGAUUGGGAAGAAGAAUCCAAGAUGAUGGAAGACGUCUAUACUUUGGCUUACUACACAAUCGCUGCAACAUCGGCUGAUGAUUCGCAUGCGGGAUUCCUUGGGCGGAAUAUUGGCGAGCAUGUUUAUGUUCAGGAUGACUCAGGCCGGCGAGUCUAUAUCGGCACUGACAUAGCUGAUUUCGAUAACGAGGUGGAGAACGCUCGGCUCAAUACUCGCGCAUGGGUCAUGCAAGAAAGGUUCUUGUCUCGCCGAACUAUCCAUUUCGGCAAAAAUCAAAUGUAUUGGGAAUGUGGUAAAGGGGUAUACUGCGAAGAUCUGACUCAGUUGAAGUGCCUACCACGUAGCGUGAAGCAUUUCAAACUCGAUCCAGAAUUUCCGAGAUUACUUUUUGGGUCAGGAUUCGGGGCUACUCUACUUUUCCUUCAGGAUCUUUUAAAGGGUUACUCAGAGCGUAACCUCUCUGAAUGUACCGAUAGAGCUAUUGCGUUAUCUGGGCUAGCAGCUCGUAUCGCAAGAGCUCUGUAUUGUGAAGAAAAUUACGGUAUCUUUGGUUUAUACCUCUACAGAAAUCUUCUUUGGCAACGGUCUGACCCGCAGAGUAUAAUGGAGCGGAUUGAGUACAAAUCUCGCGAUGUGCCAUCAUGGUCCUGGAUGGCAUACACUGGAGGCAUCAAGUUUGUAAACGUCGAUUUUGGAUUGCCAUUUGAAAGAGAUGGAAAAGGCAGAGUCGGAGGCGGUACGUCGCGAUAUAUUGGAUUCGUAUGAAACGAAAAGGGGAUGGAUUAUGUAUAACGUCGAGGGGAAGGCAGACUUUCUCUCCGAACGAGGUGUUGUUGUGGGGAGGACGGGUUCGGAGGGUCUGUCGGAGUAUCACACGUUGAUUGUAAGACCGAGAGGGGGAAACAAAAACGAGUAUAAAAGAGUAGGGAUUGGAAUGGUUCAGAAAGGCUACAUAUCACGAUAACAGGCUAACAUUCGUGUUUUUUGAAUGACUAUAUACUGGGAAUCUGGCACAGCAUAUGGUUUGGAGGGAUAAUUCUGUGUUAGGCUUGUCUACUUUAUAAAUGAUUAACC